AAAAACCUUUUUAUUUGUCCGCGUGCAGCGACCAGCUGAGGCUUUUCACCGAUCAAUACAUCUGGUUAUUAAUCAGUAGACCAACUCCCACAGCACGCUGAGUCAUGUCCCAUUGACCCCGAGCUGUACCACAAAGUGCAGAUUGUGUACACAAAGUUUGAAAUGACAAAAAUCGGACGGACAGUAAAGCUGAUGAAGUCACCCCCGGUGCCCCGCUACCGCCCCACCGGCCGGCUGGUGACGUCAUUGGGUAGUUUUAAGGAGGCUCCUGCCUGUGCGUGCCAGUGUGUCUGUGUUUGUGUGUGUGCGCGUGUCAGCAUGAGGAGCGCGAGGACGCUGUUCCAGCUCGCGGCGACUGCUUCCAGACGGAGCCUUCAUCAUCAUCCUCCUCCUCCUCCUCCUCUUCCUCCGGUGCGGUCCGCGGGGAUCGUAGGGGCACCUUUCUCCAAGGGACAGGUGAGUGCACCGUUCACUGUGUGUGUGUCCGUCCCGGUUGUAACUCUCGCUUUGUUUCUGCUGCAGCCCAAAGGUGGAGUGGAGACCGGACCGGACCGGAUCCGAGCCGCAGGACUGCUGCACAGACUGAAGGAGCAAGGCUGUGCAGUGAAGGAUUAUGGGAACUUGACGUUUGAGGAGCUGGUGGAUGACAAGCCCAUAGGUCUCCUGAAAAAUGUGCGGGCGGUGGGCGGCGCCAAUCGGAGGUUGUCGGAGGCGGUGCAGGCGGUGAAGAAGGAUGGGCACACGUCAGUGAUGCUGGGAGGAGACCACAGUCUGGCCAUCGGCUCCAUCCACGGUCACUCGGCGGCGGUCGGGGAGCUGAGCGUUCUGUGGGUCGACGCUCAUGCCGACAUCAACACGCCACUGACUUCUAACACAGGAAACAUCCACGGGCAGCCCAUGUCCUACCUCCUGCAUGAGCUGCAGUCCAAGGUUCCUGUUCUACCACACUUCUCCUGGAUCAAACCUUGUGUUUGGGCCAAAGAUCUGGUCUACAUUGGCCUGAGAGACGUGGACCCAGGAGAGCAUUACAUCCUGAAGCUGCUGGGAGUGAAGGUGUUCUCCAUGUCGGAGGUGGAUCAGCUCGGUGUGGCCAGAGUCAUGGAGGAGACGUGUGACUAUCUCUCUGCAAAAGCGAAGAAACCGAUUCACCUGAGCUAUGACAUCGAUGCCAUUGACCCCUCUGUUACCCCGGCGACCGGGACACCUGUAGCCGGAGGACUCAGCUACAGAGAGGGACUCUACAUCACCGAACACAUAUGUCAGACAGGGCUCCUGUCGGGCGUGGACAUGGUGGAGGUGAAUCCUCUGAGGAGUCCGACAGAGGAUGAUGUCCAGUCCACGGUCAACACGGCCAUGGACCUGCUGCUCAGCUGUUUCGGGCGUCUCCGUGAAGGGAACCACCCAUCACACUACCGCCUGCCUGAGCCUUGACAAGGAGGCGCCGACAGGCACCUGUGAGCGCAUCAGAUUUUCACGUUAAAAUCUUCACAGAUGAUUACCCAGAAUUCCUCAGUGAACUGCACUCAUGUUUACCCAAAUGUCUGAUCUGUGAUGCUUUAAACCAAAGACAGUGAUGGAGCACCUGCUCUUUGCUGGGAAAAAGUACAAAUUGUAUAAUUUGAUUUUAUCUACAAUGUCACUGUUUUUGAUAAUUUCAUAUAUAAAAUGCCAGAAAAUUAAAGAAUCCAAUCUUCAGAUUGCUUUGACCAACAGACCAAAACCCAAACAAUUUCAGUUGUAAAGCGUAAAAA